AUGUCUUCACUUGAGGAAAAAUUCGAGCAAGCCGUUAGAGAUGCCGUGUUCCCUAGUGCCAUUUUGAUGGCCAAAGACAAGUCUGACUAUGCAAAAGUCUUUGGCAGCACUUGCCUCGGUGACAAUGCCAAACCACUCCAACUCAACAGCAUACUCUUCCUGGCCUCGAUGACAAAACUUCUCACCUCCAUUGCCGCCAUGCAAAUUGUCGAGAAAGGUUUAAUUUCUCUGGACUCUGAUGUUGGUCCCUAUAUCCCUGACCUGGCUUCCCAACCCAUCCUCCACGGAUUCGACUCGAACGAUAAACCAAUCUUGACUCAACGCAAAAACACCAUCAAGUUUGUUCAUCUACUUACCCACUCUGCGGGUACAGCAUACGAUAAAAUGGUGCCUAUGUUGGAUAAGUACAGGGAAAGCAUCAAUGAUAAUCCUAAGGAUAGAACAACAAUGAAGAGCAAAAGCGUGUACCCACUUCUCUUUGAACCCGGCACCCACUGGGCCUAUGGAACAGGAAUAGACUGGGCAGGCAAAGUCAUCGAAAAACUGACAAACCAAUCUUUGCAAGACUAUAUGCAAGAACACAUCUUCUCGCCCUUGAAUAUCGACAGGAUAAAAUUCACGCCAUACUUGACCGAGGACCUGAAGAAGGAGUUGGCAACUAUUGCGUUAAGGAUACCCACCGGCGAGUUGAUCAACCUGCCAGACGGCAAAAACAUCGAUGUGGGAGAUGCAGAGUGUUUUGGCGGUCACGGCGGGUACGCAGACCUGACCUCCUACUUCAAAAUUCUCGAAUCGUUGCUCUUUGACGACGAAAAACUGCUCUCGAAACACAGCACUGCCAUCAUGUUCUCUCCCCACCUAACCUCCGAGUCACGAACCGGCAUCAACAAAGUCUUUACCAUGCCAGAAAUAGUAUCGCUUUUCGUGGGCAAGUUUCCGGAAACCGUCAUCUAUGAUUGGGGCAUUGGCGGUGUAUUGGUUGAUUCUAGAGACGACGAGCACAGAAAGCAAAAGACGUUGAUUUGGAGUGGUAUGCCGAACAACUUUUGGUUUGUGGAUAGAGAAAAGGGUGUUUGUGGGUUGUUUGGGACGCAGGUGUAUCCGCCUGGAGAUGCGAGGGUUGGCGAUAUGAUUGAUUUGUUUGAGAGGGAGGUAUAUCAGAGAGCUGGGGGUGGGGAUGCUGGUGCAAAGCUGUGA